AUGGAUCAGCUCAAGAAGAACUUCAACGACCUUAGCGGCUCCGCCAAAGAGCAAUUCGAUAAAUUCUCUCAAAAGCCAUCGGAAUCCGCCGGUGACAUCCUGAACAAGGGUAAAGACCAGGCAUCCUCCGCUGCCGAUAACGCCAAGGCGAGUCUGGACAAGGCUCUGGGAAAGGAAGAUAAGUAA